UGCCGAUUAUCAACAGCACUUUCCUCAUGCUGUCACAGCGGCACUGAUCAUCAGUGCCCUGAUCAUCAGUGCUGCCCAUCAGUGCCCAGCACUGCCACCCACCAGUGCCCGUCAGUGCCCAGCAGUGCCACCCAUCAGUGCCCAGCAGUGCCACACAGCAUUCAUGGCUAUCAGUGCCCAGAAUUGCCACCAGUCAGUGUUGCCAGUCAGUGCCGCCUAUCAGUGCCCAUCAUUGCUGCAUAUCAGUGCAGCAUCGUCAGUGCCUCCUCAUCAAUUCCCACCAGU